UGUUUCUAAGACGGACUCCUAACAACAAGUGACACUGCAUAUCAAAAAUAAAAGCGCAAUAGAAAUGCAAAAGCAUGAAGAAACUCAUUUUGUCACUAGGCUAUAGGACUCCCCAUUAGGUGGCCUCGUUGACUUGAUUUAGGUUGUAACAUCUGACAAUCCAAAUAUGUGAGUUUUACGACGCAUUUCCUUAUUUCAGGUAUCAGCAUCAGCAGUGAAAAUCUGCAGCUCUCAAGUGAAUUAAUGGGUUAGAAAUUCAUUCAUACAGUAGCCUACUGAAGAGAAAAAAGUAUAAGAGCAAUAAUAAAAAUGCAGUCAUGUAAUUCAUAUCCUGAGCAUAAACUAAAAUGAACGCAUCAUGAAUCGUUCAAGUUCAAUCGUAAUAGAAUCGCAACAUUAGAGCGCAUUGGAGCAUCAGAGCUCCUCUGUGACUCACAGAGUUUUUUUUUUUAAUUCAGCACCGACUCUAAAACCGGACGACCUACUGUUAGAGUAAAUUCUCAAGCCCCUCGGGCUCGGACACGGCACAUCUCGGUGUGAAGCGCGUUGGUCAUGUCACUCGGCAUCGGGUCUCACCGAUCGCGCAAACGACGCGCAUUGCUCAACCUCAAAAAAGAACACCUUCAUUUCUGCAGCAUGAAGAUGCGCUGGAGUCAUUCAUCGAGGACGGACACGAAGCAAGUUUUCUUUCCUGUUUAUUCAAAUGAAUCGUUUUAAGGACAGGGCGGUUCAAAGAGCAAACAGUGCAACGUUUAUUCGGAUAAAUGCGAAACGAAGCGCUUCAGUAUCAUCUAACAGGUCAGUUUAAUAUUAGUUUUGUCCCUUUGUUGACACACAGAAAUGCAGGAACAGGUUAUUGCUCACUGGAAUCUGAGCAAAACGUGUCUUUUAUGAUGUAAGGACUCCUGCACGAUCACCACUAGAUAUAUAAGAGAACUCCGGAUGGGUGAGUCAAAACGUGUGCAAAGUAAUCAAUUAAACUUUGUUUUGAUGGAUGGAGGAUCACUGAUGCUACUACAAGAUGAUUAUGUUUCUCUGAUUGGCAUGCCAUUAUAACUGGACGCUGGAAUGCAGGAAAGUGUUUUGUGCAAUGGAGUAUGAACUGGAAAUAUGAAUGUCCCACAGUCAGCGUUACCUGAGGUGUGACAGGUCUGACGGACUCUACGAGUGUUUGAAUACUUUUUAAUGAUGCAGUGAGAUAUUAGAUGCACGGGAUAAUAGCAGUGAUGGAUUUGAACUUGACAACGGUCAUUGACAGCGGCUUCAUGGAAAGCGACCGGUCCACGCGGGUUCUGACCGGUUGCUUUCUGUCCGUUCUAAUCCUCUCCACUUUGCUCGGCAACACACUGGUUUGUGCAGCUGUCACAAAGUUUCGCCACCUGCGCUCUAAAGUCACAAACUUUUUUGUCAUCUCGCUGGCCGUGUCGGAUCUGCUGGUGGCCAUUCUGGUCAUGCCCUGGAAGGCCGUGACAGAGGUAGCUGGCUUCUGGCCCUUUGGUGCGUUUUGUGACAUUUGGGUGGCUUUCGAUAUCAUGUGCUCCACAGCGUCCAUCCUGAACCUGUGCGUUAUUAGCGUGGACCGAUACUGGGCCAUUUCCAGCCCGUUCCGCUAUGAGAGGAAGAUGACUCCCAGGGUGGCCUUUGUGAUGAUCAGUGGGGCUUGGACUCUAUCCGUGCUCAUCUCCUUCAUCCCGGUGCAGCUCAAAUGGCACAAGGCUCAGCCGAUGAGCUUCACGGAGGUCAACGUGUCUCACAAGGCUCUGCUGACGGACAACUGCGACUCCAGCCUCAACCGAACGUACGCCAUUUCAUCCUCGCUCAUCAGCUUCUACAUUCCCGUCGCCAUCAUGAUUGUAACGUACACUCAGAUUUACCGAAUCGCCCAGAAGCAGAUCCGACGCAUCUCGGCUCUGGAAAGGGCAGCAGAGAGCGCCAAGAUCCGCCACAACAGCAUGGGCGGCAGCUCCAACAUGGACUCGGAGAGCUCCUUCAAACUGUCCUUCAAAAGAGAGACGAAAGUCUUAAAAACGCUGUCUGUUAUAAUGGGGGUUUUCGUGUGCUGCUGGUUGCCCUUCUUCAUCCUGAACUGCAUGGUGCCGUUUUGUAAGCGCACGUCGGCCGGUCUCCCCUGCAUCAGUCCAACAACAUUUGAUGUUUUUGUCUGGUUCGGAUGGGCCAAUUCUUCUCUCAACCCCAUCAUAUACGCCUUCAACGCCGACUUUCGCCGAGCUUUUGCCAUCCUUUUGGGAUGCCAGAGAUUCUGUCCGGGAAGCAUUAGCAUGGAAACACCUAGCCUGAACAAGAACUGAAAAGCAAUGUAACACCAAUCCUUUGCCAAAGGAAAGCAGGGGGGGAAAUGGAUUUGGGAUUAAGACUCUGGGAAGAGAGCCCUCCUGCUGUGCUGGAGAGCAGGGGAAGUGGCUGCGACGUCCCAUAAGCGAAGCUAAUCUCUAUAAAAAGCAAUACUUCCCCAAAGAAUGACACAAGUGUGGUCUGUGCAUUCCCAGUGUCUUUUUCAGAUCAUGAACAGAUUACUGAAGUCAGAAGUCAGACGUGCAAUGUUUUAUCAAAAGAAAUGUAGAUGUUUCUUUGAAUGUUCUGUGGAAGUCUUGUUUAUUUUAAAGAGGCUGUACAGUAAUAAAGUUAAAGCACUGGGCAAAACUGCAAUUCGAUGGAAUAAAUGUUGUGUAUUUACUGCAAAUGAGUGGAGAAUAUGUUUGUCAUUCCAUAAAUAUCUGAAAUAUCACUGAUUUAAUGACCAUUCCAGUCAUUUCCAAUAAUAUUCAGUGUAAUCUGAAUCUAAUACAUCGCUGCUUGAUAAAUAUCUGGCUCAUCCUCUCCACUCUCAUUACAUUUCCUUUACGUCUUGCCUUAUUCAUGAGAUUUCAAACAAACAAGAGGGCAGAUGGUCAAUCAUGAGAUGGCCAUCCCAUUAUUGGCGUAAUGAACAUGUAUAUUGUUCUGUGGUACUUGUUCUCUUCAAAGCCUCUGAUUCAUUAUUAAACUGUGAAAGCUAAACACCACGACUAGCAGAACAGAUGGCCGUAAAAUAAAAAUGCAGAUGUGGCAGAGCGCUCAUUUACGGUCAUCAAGUAAUAGAUACGUUAUUGUUGAGAUUGUAAUUAUGUUCUGAAAGCAUAUGGGAUCCUCGGUCCUGGUACAAAAUAACACUGGAUGUGAUGCAAUGUGUCAUGUGAUAAUGUGGAAAAUGAAACGUUUAGAACAUCUGCGGUGAACUGAAUGUAAUUAAUUGUGAUGAGUCUAAUUAUGUGGUCGGUUUUAUGGUAUUUUUGUGGCAGAGAUAUUUUCAUGCUUUCACAACACAUCAUUUGGUGCUGUUACUUGUAUUCCAGAGUACUGCAUUUAUUAUGGUGUUUAGAGAAGGACACCGAUUCAGUGAUUUAGCAUUACAAUGUUGCAGUAGAAUUAAAUGAUAUUUAACUUAUUUGACAACUGAUGAGAAAGUACAUAUGUAAAGCAAACAGUAGGAUUCAUGGUGUUGUUUGUACUUUCUUUGUGAACACUAACCUAUGCAAAACAUAGUCUAGAAAAUACAUCUCUGGAUUAAUAAUUCCUCAGCACUCAAGAUCUUAUUCUUCACUUGAUGAAACUUGAAUAGGAAGCAAUAACAGACAGCAGGAACUGUGGCUCUCAACCUCUUAAACUUUCAUUUGUUACCAUCAAGCUGUCUUGACACUGUGCAAAGCUGGCAUAAAUAGAGAUAAUAAGCUCAGAGGAGUUGGGGAGUCAAAUUGUUUUUGUUUGCCAGCCUCCGUGAAUGUGUAAGAGUCAAGCUCUCACAGCAGGGCCCUCAAAACUGACAUUUCCACUCAGCUUCAAAUAUAACACUCUCAUGUUAGACACAAUAGGAAGCAUAUUGGAUGAGUUAUUAAACAGCAGACGCUGUGCUUAAGAUCCAGAAACAGCAGUGCAUGAGUCAUCACUGUCAUUUGUUUCAGUUGUGUUUGGUCUGUGUCAGCUGACAGGAAAUAGUGGGGCCACUGUGUAAUUAGUGUAAUGAAGAGCAUUAGUAUUGUAUAGCGUACUUGUGCAUACCUAAUGGACGGAUACCAUAGGUGUGAACAUAUAUUCAAUUUACCAUCCUCACAGAAAUAAAGCCACACACUGGUGUAAAACUAUUCAAUCUUUAUUAAAUCUUUAAACUUCUGGUGGUGACCUGAAACCUUAAAGGGAUAGUUCACCUAAAAAUGAAAAUUUGAUGUUUAUUUGUUUACCCCCAGGACAUCCAAGAUGUA